AUGCCUGCCUCAUGCCCCAAUGGGACUGUCCCAAUUGCUCUUGUUGGGAUUGGCUGCCAUAUGCCAGGUGGUGUUCGAAGAAUACCUGCCCAAUGGGACUUCCUCAAGGAGCAAAGGGAUUUGCUUCAAGAGUUCACCGAGCCACGAUUCUCAGCCAAGGGCUAUUAUCAUCCCAAUGUGGAUCGCCCUGGCACCGCUGUCGCCAGCAGUGGAUUCCUGUUGGAAGAGGACCCAAGACUGUUCGAUCCAGGCUUUUUCUGGAUCACAGAUGUGGAAGCGGAAACGAUGGACGCUUCUCAGCGUAAGCUUCUCGAAGUGACAUACGAGGCCUUUGAGAACGCCGGAGAGACACGCGGGAUUGGGAUUAUGGGUGGCAAGUAUUCAGCCACCGGAGCAUUUCCCAACAUGCUGGCCAACCGUAUUCAUUACGUCUUCAAUUUGAAGGGACCCAGCCUGCUGGUCAACAGUGCCUGCACUUCGGCCAUGUAUGCCUUACAUCUGACCCUCACUUCGAUUCGGAACGGGGAUUGCGACUCUGCUAUUGUAGCAGGCUCCAAUUGGAUCAUGGACCCAAACUGUCACAUUGCGAUGGGGAAGCUCGGCGCGCUUUCUGCUACUUCGCGAAGCCACACCUUUGAUGCAUCGGCUGACAGCUACGCCCGUGGUGAAGGGUUUGCAGCUCUUUACCUGAAGAAAACGUCGCUGGCAAUCGAAGAUGCUUCUCCGAUCCGCGCUCUGAUCAUGGGCUCGGCAAUCAACGCGAAUGGCCGUACCAAUGGUAUCACGAACCCAAGCGGCCCGGCCCAGGAGAUUGUUAUUAGAGAAGCCUAUAAAAAUGCCGGAGAUCUUGAUCCUUCCAAAACCACGCUGCUUGAGUGUCAUGGCACUGGAACUCGCGUCGGUGACCCCAUUGAUGUCACAGCAGUCGGAAACGUCUUUGGGGUUUCCCAGUCUCCAGACUAUGAAGACAGACUGAUAGUGGGGUCUGUUAAGACCAAUCUCGGCCAUCUGGAGAUCCCACCCACCCUCGGGUUUCAGACACCCAAUUCCCGCAUAGACUUCCAGACUGCCAAGGCACGAGUCACCACGAGUGUCGAGCCAUGGCCCAAGAACAUGAUUAAGCGUGCAAGCGUCACAUCUGCCGGUUUCGGUGGGACCAACGGACACUGCGUGAUUGACCACGUCCACAACGUGUUUCCAUCCUAUCUUAAGCCCGGAAUUCUUGGCCAGCAGAUGAGUGGGACAAAUGGUGACAGCCAUGUAAACGGUACCGAUGAAGUUUCAGAUAGAUAUGCCAAUGAAACAGGCGAUACUGGCAUCGACGGCACCCGUGGCACCAAUAAUAUCCCAGCUCUGUCAAAUCACCACUCCCCUGUGAUCAACAUGCCGGCUAUGGUUCGGAAAGCCGAUGCAGCUACUCGAAAAUUAGUGGUCCUUCCCUUCUCAGCACAUCAUCGAACCUCGCUUGAUGCCAAUAUCGACGUUUUAUCUCAAGAUCUUCGUCACCACUCUCUGGCUGACUUGGCAUAUACUCUCGCUGCCAAACGAUCCCGCUUCACACAGAGAGCUUACUUUGUUGUCGACAAAGAUAGCGUCGCAGAGACUGGUCUGAGACAGGGAACCGACAUCCAAAUCUUCUCUUCACCUCGGCAUGUUUCCGCUGGCUUCAUUUUUACUGGCCAAGGCGCACAGUGGCAUGCAAUGGGGAAGGGCCUCUUUGGAUAUGCGGUGUUCCGAGAUUCUAUCUCUUACCUAGAUACGAUUCUGUCCAUGUUGCCCGAGCGUGUUGCAUGGAAGCUUCCCGACAUUCUUCGCGGAAACUGCGAGAAGGACCUGAUUCAGACACCCGCAGUUUCACAGACUGUUUGCACAGCUGUCCAGAUUGGGCUUGUUGACCUUCUCGCUUCAUGGGGCCUUCGGCCUUCGGGCGUCGCUGGGCAUUCAUCUGGUGAGAUGGCUGCAGCCUAUGCAUCCGGACGCAUAACCGCUGCAGAAGCCAUCACGGUUGCCUAUUACCGCGGCUAUGUAGUCUUCUUGAACAAGCACAAGGGUGCAAUGCUAGCGGUCGGAUUCGGGACCGAAAGAGCAGUGGAGUAUAUCCGACAAGCUGGGCUAGAGGGUCAAGUCAGGGUUGCGGCCAUCAACUCGUUCGGCAGCGUGACCAUCUCUGGCGACACUGAAGCUGUGGAAGAGCUCAGUGCAAAGCUUACUCGAGAGACGGUGUUUAACAGACUAGUCCGUACCGGUGGGCUCGCAUAUCAUUCCCACCACAUGGUGCCAUUGGGCUCUGAAUAUGAAGCAAAAGUCAACGCUGGAAUGCGCCGUCUUGAAGAGCUUGGUGUCGAUACUGAAAAUGCAAAAUAUCCCGUUGUUCCCUGGUUUUCCUCUGUCACACCAGAGAAAAGUACAGCUCAAGUGUCAGCAUCAUAUUGGAGGGCCAAUUUGGAGUCCCCGGUCCGCUUCACCGAUGCCGUCUCGAAGCUGCUGGACGUGCCGGACCUGAAUAUUCGUGCUUUAAUAGAAAUCCGUCCGCAUCCCGCAUUGAAGAGUCCCUUGGGACAGAUCGUCAAAAGCCUCGGCAAGAGCAUCCCGCACGUCCCGUCGUUGAAGCGGAAUGAAGAUGCCCAGAGAUCUCUGCUCGACUGCAUAGGGAUCCUGUUCGCCCUGAACGUCGAUGUAAAUCUGGUAGCGGUCAAUGCCGUUGAUGGACAGCUACUCGAUGGUCAACGACAACUAGAGCACGGCUGCACAGCCAUUGAUCUGCCGCCGUACAAGUACACCUAUGGGCCCAUCAAGUAUCACGAGAGCAGACUCAGUAAAGAAUAUCGCUUGAGGAGCACCCCUCGCCAUGACCUCCUUGGGUCCAAAGUGCCAGGAACCACAAAGCUGCGUCCUCAAUGGCGAAACAUCCUUCGUCUCAAGGACUUACCUUGGCUGGACGAUCACCGCGUUCCGCCUCAUGUCUUGCAUCCCGGCGCUGCUCACAUUGUGAUGGCAAUGGUGGCCGCGGAACAUGCCUAUAAGGAGUUUCCCGACGCCCUUCCUAUAUCCGGCCUGACCAUGCGCAACGUUUCCAUCAAAAAGACUUUGGUGGUUCCUGAGGAUGACUAUGGCGUCGAGAUUGUACUCACUAUGGAGCUUGAGGAUGGAGCCACUGCAAAAUCUCCAGGCUGGGCCCGCUUCUCCAUCGCCUCAGUCGUCCGCGAUGCCAAUCAAUGGACCGAACAUUGCUCGGGCCAGAUCAAGGUCGAAGUGGCUCCAUUCGAGCAGGUCCCGCCGAUCGACACUACGAUGGAUGGGCGAGCCAUGGAUGCGCAGACAUGGUACACGCGUUUCGCCGACAUGGGCCUCCAAUUUGGUCCAUCCUUCCAAGGCUAUUCGGACAUUCGUGCUGAUCCAGCUAAGAAUAUCGCAUCGGCCAAAUUGGCCUUGAAUACCACGGCAGGCAUGUUCCCCGGUGGCGAAUCACCCUAUCCGAUUCACCCGGCCUCUUUGGAUCUGGUAAUUCGUCUGGGCCUCAUGGCUUGCAAUGGUGGCCAGGCUGAAACUCCAAGCGUUCAGCUUCCGAUCCACUUCGGCCAAAUGCGAUUUACCGGUGGUCGGCUGGAGGGUCGUAAGUGGGCCACCGGCAUCUCUCGUGGCAAGCUGCGCGGUCUGCGCGGUGCUUACGCCCAGCUGCAGAUGCUGGAUGAGGAGGGCAACGUCAUGUUGGACGUGGAUAAUAUGCGGUUCACCAGCCUUAAUAAUGAACAAGAUUCAUCUGCGACCGGAGACUCGGCCAGCAAGCCUUAUUGGAGCCCAUUCACGCGCUUGCAAGAAUCAGCUCAACGAGGCUCUCGCGUCGAUUCCGGGAGAGCAGAGCAAUUCCCUCAGCUUUGCAACAUCUUCGACUUGGCAGGUCAUGCCAAUCCAGAUUUGCGAAUUUUGGAAGUGAAUGCCAGCAGCGAUGCAGGCGCGCAUCGAGCCGUGUUUGAGACGCUUGUUGGAGCAAACUGUAUCAAGCGAUACAGCGAAUUUGUUGUAGCAGACGUCUCCCAUGAGCAACUUUCGUUUGUCCGUGAAUCCACCUCGGACUUCCGCGACGUCUCUUAUUCGAUUCUAGACUUGAACCGGAAUCCAUCUGAUCAAGGCUUCCAACUUGGAUUCUAUGACAUUGUUCUUUGGUCUAGUCCUGCGCACUCCUCUGAGGCUUGGGAACAUCUGCGCAGUCCCAUCCGCCCAGGCGGGUACCUUGUUCAGAUUGGGACCACAGUCAAGGCCAGCGACUGCCGCAACCUCGAAAGCACUGGCUUCAAGCUUAUCGGAGAUAUUGUAGGGUCAGACUACCAGUCUACGGUCACUCUCCACAUUCUUAGCGCCUCUCAGCAGCUGGACCAUCUCCACAACAAAGUGGUGCAUUUCCUUCAUGGGGCUAAUGGAGCCCCAUCACUUCUCCGUCAAUUAGCUCGCGCCAUUGAGCAGCAUGGAGUCACCACCCAGACUUCCCUCCUUGAUGAUGUGCGGAAUGUUUUAUCGCCCAACUCCCACGUCGUUGUAUCCCUGGACGGCGAAAACUUGCUAUUCGGCGCUGAUCAGCGUCGACUUGGUCUCUUCCAAUACUUGGCUGCAAAUACCGCAAGCAUGCUCUGGCUCACCUCAUGUAGCCUGGUUAAGGGUCGCAACCCCGAUGGAUCCUUUGUCUCAGGCCUGCUGCGGACGUUGGGAAGCAAGAAUCCUGCUAGCGACUUCCUCUCCAUAGACAUUGACGCGGAAGGGUUCAAAGUCAAGGAGAGCGAGCAGGAUGAAUUGCUCCGCUCGUUGGUCGAUCAAGAGCUUUCCUUCCAAGCAAAAACUCUCAAUGGCGGCGAGAGUCCCGUCAAUCGUGACCUGGUCUGGCAGGACGGCUGCAUGUGGGUGAGCCGGAUUGUCCCUGAUGCGGAUUUCCUGGGAUACGACGAAACAACAGUGGAUGACCGUGACAUCAAGCUGAUGCCGCUGGGCAACGUCAGGCCUAUUCGUGCAGACUUCAAGACUCCUGGAGUUCUCACCUCGCUCUACUUUCGGCCAUACACCGAGCUCCUGCAGCCUCUACCGCGGGACUGGAUUGAGGUCAGGGUGCAGGCCAUCGGCCUCAAUUGGAAAGACUUGGGUCUCUGUUCCGGGCGGUUCGAUCAGAACAAUCUCUCCAACGAAUAUGUUGGUGUUGUCUCCUGCAUUGGGUCCGCGGUGGCCAAUGUCAAGGUCGGCGACCGUGUGUACGGUAUGGGCAAGGGCCACUUUGGAAACUAUACUCGUCUCCCAGCAGCGCUGGCGCAGCAGCUACCCCACGGGCUUGAUGCAAUGGAAGCAGCGACGAUGCCUCUGGUUUAUAUGACCGCCGUUUAUGCAUUCGAGCACAUCACUCGAGUGAAGCAGGGCUCGAAAGUCUUAAUUCAAUCUGGUUCGGGUGGUCUCGGUCUGGCCGCCAUUCAACUAGCUCGCUCCAAGGGCGCCGAUGUCUAUGUCACGGCAGGCACACCGGAGAAGACGCGCUUUUUGAUCGACAGCAUGAGCAUUGCUCCAGAUCAUAUUUAUUCCUCUCGCCGGCUAGAGGAUCUGCCACGCUUGGCCACCGCUACGCUCAAUGGAGGAUUUGAUGUGAUUCUCAGUACCUCUCAAGGAGACAUGCUCUACGAGUCCGUCAAGGCACUGGCACCGCUCGGCCAUUUUGUGGAUGUCGGCCGCCUAGACGUCACAAACUCCAAGAGCAUUUCCCUUGAGCUCUUCCAGAAGAGCGCCAGUUUUACUUCCUUUGACCUGGGCCUUGUCAUCGAACGUAAUGUGGAACUUGGGGGAGCUAUGGCCACGGUCAGCGAGCAUUUCCGCGCUGGCCACAUUGGCCCUAUCCGUCCUUACUAUGCAUCGGACAUUUCUCAACUUGUCCAAGCUUUGCUUAAGUUUUCCAAGGGAACACACAUUGGCAAGAUGAUCAUCUCAUAUCAAAAUCCGCAAUCAAUGCUACGCAUACACCAAUCCGUUCCUCGUGCUCAUUUUGACCAGGAAGCUUGCUACAUUCUCGUGGGUGGGCUGAGCAGUCUGGGAAGAUCUAUCAUCCGCUGGAUGGCUAGCCGAGGGGCUCGAGAUUUGGUGAUCUGGUCACGACGAGGGCCGAAUAAUAUGGCUUCUGAAGCUGAGGGUCUCAUUAAGGAGAUGGCAGCGCAGGGUGUACGUGUUCAACCGGUGGCCUGCGAUGUAAGCAACCGAGAGCAAGUCCUUCGCGGAGUGCAAGAGGCGAACUCACAGGGCACCUUGCGUGGAGUGUUCAACUUUGCGGUCUCCUAUCAGGACAUCUCGUUCGAUAAGAUGGCAGAAGAAAAGUUCCGUGAGGACAUGGCUGCUAAGGUGUUUGGAACAAAGCAUCUGCAUGAAGCCACAGCCGACUUAGCCUUGGAUUUCUUCGUCAUGACUUCUUCCCUGGGAACUGUCUACGCUUUUCCUACCCAGAGCACCUACUUGGCGGCCAGCAACUUCCUGGAUUAUUUCGCACGUUAUCGACGUCGAUGUGGGUUACCGGCAACGACCGUAUCACUUGGAUUCAUCAAUGAUCUAGGAGCCCUUACCCAAGAUGCCGUAACCGUCAAUCUGUUUCUCCGUGCCAAGGGUCAAACUGUCACGGGUAGUCAGGUAUUACGAGCUUUGGAGCCUGCAUUUGUGAGCGAUCCUACGACCGAACAUCACUAUCUCGGCCAUGGACAGGAUCCACUUUCCGCGGCCAACAUCGUUACUGGCAUUGACCCGGCCGUAUUGGUCAACAUGAAACUAGCAGAAGACAAGACGUCUACCUCUGGUUCUGUACCUCGGUGGUACCGCGACCCUCGCGUGUCUUUGAUGCUACGUGCCUUGGACGAUGGGUGGCGCCAUCGGGAUGUGGAUGGUAGCGACAAGGGCGUAGCCAGCUCGAAAGGUGCUGAUGAGUCGCCUACCGCGCAACUCCGUCGACAAUUUGAUAACUCAAUCAGAAAGCUUGGAAAUAACCAAGAUAAAGGAGAAGUCAUGAAGGCCGUCGCACUGGUCACCGAGGCCAUUCAGGCGAUGGUGGCGGGCAUGCUCUUUAUUGACCCCUCUGCAGUCAACGCAGCUAGUACAAUAGUUGAUCAUGGGAUCGAUAGCUUGCUGGCUGCAGAAUUUCGGAGUUGGCUGAAUGGAGCGUUUGGGGAAAAUAUGAGCAUGUUGGACUUGAUGAAUGCACGAACAAGCAUUGAUGCAAUGGCACAGGCUAUCGUGCAGGAGGCCAUUGCCGCAUAG